AUGUCUACCAAAACGGCGGGCUCGAAAAGGAAAUCUGGUGAUGAUUUAGAGUCGACCGACUCUAAGAAAGUAAAAGUUUACCACAGGAGUCAUGGUAAGGAGGCGGGUCAUGUUCUUGUCCUGGGACAAGGCGAUGUUGGACAGCUGGGCUUAGGAGAGGAGAUUUCUCAGAGGAAGAAGCCAGCUUUGUUGACGCUACCGGAAAAAAUUGUACAAGUGACAGCUGGGGGCAUGCACACGGUCUGCCUCAGCGAAACUGGCGUGGUCUAUACGUUUGGUUGCAAUGACGAAGGGGCCCUUGGUCGUGACACAAAAGAAGAAGGUUCUGAGAUGUCUCCAGAUAAAGUAGUGCUGCCAGAGAAGAUUGUCCAGGUGUCAGCAGGAGACAGCCACACAGCCGCACUAACAGAGGAGGGAAUCGUCUAUGUGUGGGGAUCCUUCAGGGAUAAUAAUGGCGUUAUAGGUCUUGUGGAUCCUUUCCAACCAACUCAAGUUCCUCAAAAACUAUCCUUGAUGGAAACUGUUGUGAAAGUUGCAUCAGGUAAUGACCACCUUGUAAUGGUGACGAUGGGGGGAAAUCUUUACACUUCAGGCACUGCAGAACAGGGGCAGCUAGGGCGGGUGCCCGAACAAUUCUCAAACAGAGGAGGCAGGAAAGGCCUUCAUCGAUUGUUGAUUCCUCAGUUGGUAAAAGUCAAAGGGAAAGUUCACUUCAUAGACGCGUUCUGUGGCGCGUACUUUACAUUUGCCGUGACCAAAGAAGGACAUGUGUAUGGAUUCGGCCUCUCAAACUACCACCAGCUGGGUACCAAAAGCACAAAGAUGUGUUUUGUACCAGUAAAACUGACCUCCUUCAAGAAUUCUACCACGUCCUGGGUUGACUUCUCUGGAGGACAACAUCAUACGGUCUGCCUUGACUCUGCAGGACAAGUGUACAGCCUCGGCAGAGCAGAGUAUGGGCGCCUUGGCCUUGGUGAAAUAACUCAAGAGAUAAGUGAGCCCACAGCCAUCAGUGGACUUGAAUCAGCCAGUAGAGUGACAUGUGGAGCAUCAGUCAGCUAUGCUGUCACCAAAGAAGGCUCUGUAUACGCUUGGGGAAUGGGCACAAAUUUACAACUUGGCACGGGUCAGGAGGAUGAUGAAUGGAGCCCUGUGAAAAUGACUGGGAAACAGCUGGAAAACGCCACAGUACUCAUGGUGUCCAGUGGAGGGCAGCACACAGUCCUUUUGGUUAAAGACAAUCAGGAAAGCUGA